AUGCGUACCUUCGUUGUGGCGUCGAUCCUGUGCGUAGGCUUUGCCUCCGCCUAUCCGCAGCAGGCCGUCGAUCCGGCCUAUCUGCGGCAGUACUACCAGCAGAUCGCCCAGGCAGCCGGUGCCCAAGGCACGGCUCAGGGACGGGCUGAUGGGACCCCGAUCUACGAGCAAGGUGCCCAGGAACAGCAGCACAUCCCACAGUACCUGCCACAGGGACAACAGAUUCGUCUGAAGGAUAACGUCCACGAUCAGGUCCAGCGUUCUCAGUACCAGCAGCCACAGGCUCGCCAGUACCAGCCUCAGUACCAGCCACAGCAGAUCCAGUACGUGCAGGAGCAGCAGUACCAGCAGCCCCAGCCGCAGCCUCAGCUGAAGGUGUCCAAGCCUCGGCCACAGUACCUGCAGGGAGGCCAGAAGCAACCGCUCGAGGAAGACCAGGAGGACUAUGAUCCCAAUCCUUCCUAUCAGUUCGGUUUCGACGUGAAGGACGAUGAGUUCACCAACUACCAGAACCGCAAGGAAACGCGCGACGGCAACGUGAUCAAGGGCAGCUACUCGGUCGUCGACUCGGACGGGUUCAUCCGCACCGUCACCUACACGGCCGACCCGAAGGAGGGCUUUAAGGCCGAGGUCAGCCGCCAGCCGACGGACAUCGUGGUCAAGAUCCCGACACCGGCCCCACAGUCCAGCCACCACGAGCGCUUCGCUCAGUCUAGUCAGCCCCAGUCGAACGGUGGCUACCGUCUUCAGCAGCAACCCCAGCACCAGCAGCAGCAGCAGCAACAGCAGAGACCCAGACCGCAGGAGUACACCCAGUACCAGUAA